AUGGACACACUAAAGGGUCCAAAAGAAUUAAAUGAACCUUAUUUCACUUUAGAAUUUAAUCUUGAGCCGUCUGAUCUUGUUCAAGCUUCUAAACGUCUUUUGAGCUGUUUAAGUCCUAAAUUAAAACAAUCAUUUCAUCUAGUAGUUUUCUUUAAAGAAAAAGCAUAUUUUUGGCUUUGUCUUGAUACCUCAUUAUGGUUUGAUAUUUAUCUUCGUACUAUGCCUGAUUUUGCUGAAGCUGUUAGAAUUGCGAGAGAAUAUGUUACAACCACACGCCUUAAUGUUUCAUCUAAGGAUGAAGCCCCAUUUAUUAUAGAUUAUAAAGGGACAGAAAAAGGCAAAGCAUUUGAUCUUUAUCCAUACUUUCCUAACUGUAAAUUUACUAAAGAAGAGUGCAGUCGGAGAGAUCAUCCCAAUAUUGUUUGCAAAGCAGAUAUGGUAAUUAGGAAUGGAAGAAAAGUUAAAUGCAAUUUUUAUUUUGCCACAAAACUUGUCGUGAAUAAACUAAGUGAUGAUGAGUAUGUUGUAUUGCUAUUUCGAGAGUUAUUGCUGAUUCCACGUCCUAAUGAUGAUAAAAGUGUUAACUACAGACAUUAUAAUACCGAAGCUUUGGUACAAGAAGAGGGAUUUUGGAAAGACUUGUUGACAAUUAACUAUAAAGCAUGGGAAACUGGACAGUUACAGAAUAAAUACAUACAAGAGUGCUACGUGCAUGUUUAUUUGUAUUUUAUUCUAAAGGCUUGGAAUGAAGUGAAGGAAAAAGUGAAGAAAAAAGUGAAGGAAAAAGUGGAGGAAAAAGUAAAGGAAAAAGUGAAGAAAAAGGGGAAGGAAAAAGUGGAGGAGAAAAUAGAAGAAAAUGCGGAUAUUUUAUUGAAAUUUGAUGCUAGGGAUCAUCCUAGACCAAAUUAUUUACUUCAGGAUUAUGAUGAGUUAAAAGAGAAAAGGUUACGACCAGCAGAACAUCUGCUUAUGCUGGAUGCAAUGACUAAUCUAACAUUGAAAAUCGAUGAAAAUAACAAGAAUUUCAUUGAAAAAAUCGAUGAAAAUAACAAGAAUCUCAUUGAAACAAUGAAUAAAAAUACCAUAUUACUUGUAGAAGCAAUAAAAGGUAUAAGAAUAUCAGGUGAAUCCAAGGAAAGUUCUAAUAGUGAUAUUACUGGUAAAUAG